AUGGCGUAUGACUCUUCGCAACUUAUUUCUGCCGAGUUUCCUUUUGAGAAACGGAAGCUAGAGAUCCUAGGCAGUCAAAUUGCCUAUGUUGACGUCGGCGCUUCUGAGGGAUCUGCCACUGUCUUUUUGCAUGGCAAUCCUACAUCGUCCUAUGUUUGGCGGAACAUCAUUCCACAUGUCUGUGACAAGAGUCGCUGCAUUGCACCGGACUUGAUAGGCUUUGGCGACUCAGAUAAGGUCGCUGGGCUUGAAUACAGAAUUGCGGACCACCAGCGAUACUUGGAUGCCUUUUUAGAUGUUGUUUUACCUACCGAAAAAGUCACCCUUGUUGUCCACGACUGGGGUUCAGCACUUGGCUUUGACUGGGCACGCCGCCAUGAAGAUCGAAUUACCGGGAUCGCGUUCUUUGAGUUCGUUCUCCCUGCACCGAGCUGGGACGUGUUUCCGCCAGCUGUCGCGGAAAACUUCGUACCGUUUCGUGAUCCGAAACUUGGGCGGGAAUUGCUUAUCAACCAAAACGUUUUCAUUGAAAGAGUUUUGCCUCUCAAUGUUUUGCGCAAGCUAUCUGAGGAAGAGAUGAAGCAGUACCGCUGCCCAUUCCUUCAAUUGGAGUCACGCGAGCCACUAUGGCGGUUUCCUAAUGAGAUUCCGAUCGAGGGACAUCCUGCUGACGUGUGGGAUAAGGUCACUAGGUAUAUAGAUUGGCUAUCCCAUACUGAUAUUCAGAAGCUCUUCUUUUGGGCCGAGCCGGCGGUCGUCAUUACGAAAGAUACGGUGGAGAAUUUUGUCAAAAAGCUACAAAACAUAAAAAUUGUGCAUCUUGGACCUGGUCUCCAUUAUUUCCAGGAGGAUUAUCCGCAUACCAUGGGUCGUGAGAUUGCGCAAUGGCUAUCACAAUAG